AUGGAGGGGGGGAGGGAAGUUGGGGGGCUGCUGGAGAAUGCGUCAGUCGGAGCCAUGGGUGGGGGCGUGGGGGCCUCGAGCUCCGGGGGUGGCCCCAGCGGCAGCGGCGGAGGAGGCAGCGGCGGCCCCGGUGCGGGCACUAGCUUCCCGCCGCCCGGAGUGAAGCUGGGCCGUGACAGCGGGAAGGUGACCACAGUGGUAGCCACUCUAGGCCAAGGCCCGGAGCGCUCCCAGGAGGUGGCUUACACAGACAUCAAAGUGAUUGGCAAUGGCUCUUUUGGGGUCGUGUACCAGGCACGCCUGGCUGAGACCAGGGAACUGGUGGCCAUCAAGAAGGUUCUCCAGGACAAGAGGUUCAAGAACCGAGAGCUGCAGAUUAUGCGUAAGCUGGACCACUGCAAUAUCGUGAGGCUGAGAUACUUCUUCUACUCCAGUGGGGAGAAGAAAGACGAGCUUUAUCUAAAUCUGGUGCUGGAAUACGUGCCCGAGACAGUGUACCGGGUGGCCCGCCAUUUCACCAAGGCCAAGUUGACCAUCCCCAUCAUCUAUGUCAAGGUGUACAUGUACCAGCUCUUCCGGAGCUUGGCCUACAUCCACUCCCAGGGGGUGUGUCACCGUGACAUCAAGCCCCAGAACCUGCUGGUGGACCCCGACACUGCUGUCCUCAAGCUCUGCGAUUUUGGCAGUGCAAAGCAGCUGGUCCGGGGGGAGCCCAACGUCUCCUACAUCUGUUCUCGCUACUACCGGGCCCCGGAGCUGAUCUUUGGAGCCACUGAUUACACGUCGUCCAUUGAUGUGUGGUCAGCUGGCUGCGUACUGGCGGAGCUCCUCCUGGGCCAGCCCAUCUUCCCUGGGGACAGUGGGGUAGACCAGCUGGUGGAGAUCAUCAAGGUGCUGGGAACACCAACCCGGGAACAGAUCCGAGAGAUGAACCCCAACUACACGGAGUUCAAGUUUCCCCAGAUUAAAGCUCAUCCCUGGACAAAGGUGUUCAAAUCUCGAACGCCGCCAGAGGCCAUCGCACUCUGCUCUAGCCUGCUGGAGUACACACCGUCCUCAAGGCUCUCCCCCCUGGAAGCCUGCGCCCACAGCUUCUUUGAUGAAUUGCGAUGUCAUGGAACCCAGCUCCCCAACAACCGCCCGCUUCCCCCGCUCUUCAAUUUCAGUCCUGGAGAACUCUCCAUCCAGCCAUCUCUCAACGCCAUUCUCAUCCCUCCUCACUUGAGGUCUCCAGCGGGCACUGCCACCCUCACUCCAUCCUCACAAGCUUUAAGUGAGGCUCAGACCGGCCCGGACUGGCAGUCGACCGACGCCACAGCUCCACUCACUAACUCUUCCUGAGGGCCCCACUAUCUACCCUUCCAUCUGGGAGCCCCCAGUGGGGCUGGGAAGGGGGACCAUAGCCCAUCAAGCUCCUGACCUGGCUGGGCCCCCAGACUAGAGGGCAGAGGUAAAUGAGUCCCUGUCCCUACCUCCAGUCCCUCCUUCACCAGCCUCACCCUGUGGUGGGCUUUUUAAGAGGAUUUUAACUGGUUGUGGGGAGGGAAGAGAAGGAAGGACAGGGGGUCGGAGGCAUGAGGACCUCCUACCCCCUUGGCCGCCUCCCCUCCUCCCAGGCCUACACUCCUCCAACCCCUCCUCCCCUCCUGUGUCCCUUGUAAAUAGAACCAGACCAGCCCGUGUACUCCUCUUCCCUGCCCUGGCCCCCCCGGGUGUAAAUAGAUUGUUAUAAUUUUUUUCUUAAAGAAAACGUCGAUUCACACCAUCCAACCUGGCCCGUCCCUCUUCUACAGCUGUGUCCCCCCUCCUGUCCUCUGCCCCUAAGGUCUCCUCCCUCCUCUCCCCACCCUGGAGGGCUGAGGGGGUGGGGGUAGGGGAGCUCCUGAUGUCUUAGUUUCCACAGUAAGGUUUGCCUGUGUACAGACCUCCGUUCAAUAAAUUAUUGGCAUGAAAACCUG